CCAUAUUGCCAGAGCGAAGCGGAGACCUUCGUGGGGAGGCGUUGUUUUGGGUCGUUGGGGCCGGUGCGGCCCCCGCCUGAAGAGCAUCAUGUUGCGCCUUCCUGCUGUUCGCAAGGCCUUGGCAGGUGCCACUUACUCUGCUCAGGGAUGUGUGCGCACAACAGCUACUGCAGCCAGCAACCUGAUAGAGGUUUUUGUUGAUGGACAGCCUGUGUUGGUACCACCAGGUACCACAGUACUUCAGGCUUGUGAAAAGGUUGGGAUGCAGAUUCCCCGUUUUUGCUACCAUGACCGAUUGUCAGUGGCUGGAAACUGCAGAAUGUGUCUCGUGGAGAUAGAGAAGGCCCCCAAGCCAGUAGCUGCUUGUGCCAUGCCAGUGAUGAAGGGUUGGAACAUUCUGACAAAUUCCGAGAAGUCCAGGAAAGCAAGAGAAGGUGUAAUGGAGUUCUUGUUGGCAAACCAUCCAUUGGAUUGCCCCAUCUGUGAUCAGGGAGGGGAAUGUGACCUUCAGGACCAGUCAAUGAUGUUUGGCAGUGACAGGAGCAGGUUCCUGGAAACCAAACGUGCGGUUGAAGACAAGAAUCUUGGCCCACUAGUGAAAACAAUCAUGACCCGGUGUAUACAGUGCACCCGGUGCAUCAGAUUUGCAAGUGAGAUCGCAGGAGUUGAUGAUCUAGGAACUACAGGCAGAGGGAAUGAGAUGCAAGUUGGCACCUACAUUGAAAAAAUGUUCAUGUCUGAAUUAUCAGGCAACAUUAUUGAUAUUUGUCCAGUCGGUGCCCUUACCUCCAAGCCGUAUGCCUUUACUGCUAGACCUUGGGAGACGAGGCAAACUGAAUCAAUUGAUGUUCUUGAUGCUGUUGGGAGCAACAUUGUGGUGAGCACUCGAACUGGAGAGGUGAUGAGGAUUUUGCCGAGACUCCAUGAAGAUAUCAAUGAAGAAUGGAUAUCUGAUAAGACAAGAUUUGCUUAUGAUGGCCUGAAACGACAACGUCUCAUUCAGCCAAUGAUAAAAAAUGAAGAAGGACUAUUCACUUAUGCCUCUUGGGAAGAUGCUUUGAGCCGCGUGGCAGGAGUGUUACAAGGCAGCCAAGGGAAUGACAUAGCUGCAAUUGCAGGAGGCUUGGUGGAUGCAGAAGCACUGGUGUCUCUCAAAGACUUGCUGAAUAGAGUUAACUCUGAUAACUUGUGCACAGAAGAGGUUUUCCCUACCGCUGGAGCUGGAACAGAUCUGCGAUCUAACUACCUGCUUAAUACCAAGAUUGCAGGAGUAGAAGAGGCUGAUGUCCUACUUCUAGUUGGCACAAAUCCACGCUUUGAGGCACCAUUAUUCAAUGCAAGAAUCCGAAAGAGCUGGCUGCACAACGAGCUUCAAGUGGCCCUUGUGGGCACUCAGGUUGACCUGACAUACACCUAUGAUCACCUAGGAGACUCCCCACAGAUACUCCUGGACAUUGCUUCUGAAAAACAUCCUUUUAGCAAGGUUUUGAAGCAAGCUAAAAAGCCAAUGGUGGUGGUUGGCAGUGCAGCACUUCAGCGUAGCGAUGGUGCUGCUCUUCAUGCAGCCAUUUCUGCCAUUGCCCAAAAUGCUAGGACACAAAGUGGAGUUGGCGCUGAUUGGAAAGUCAUGAACAUUCUUCACAGAGUUGCAAGCCAAGUAGCUGCUCUUGAUCUUGGUUACAAACCCGGUGUAGAUGCAAUCCGGAAGAACCCUCCCAAAGUGCUCUAUUUCUUAGGGGCAGAUGCAGGUUGUAUCACCCGUCAGGAUUUACCCAAGAAUUGUUUCAUCAUUUAUCAAGGGCACCAUGGUGACAUAGGAGCUCCUAUGGCUGAUGUUAUUCUUCCAGGAGCGGCUUAUACAGAAAAAGCAGCAACCUAUGUGAACACGGAAGGUAGAGCUCAGCAAACCAGAGUAGCAGUAACAGCUCCUGGGAUGGCAAGAGAAGACUGGAGGAUUAUUAGAGCCAUCUCUGAGCUGGCUGGUAUGACUCUCCCUUAUGAUAACUUGGAUGAAAUAAGGAACAGAUUAGAAGAAGUGUCUCCAAAUUUAGUUAGAUACGAUGAUGUGGAGGAAGCUAAUUACUUUAACCAAGCAAAUGAGCUGUCCAAGGCAGUGAAUCAGAAAUUGCUUGCUGAUCCUCUUGUUCCACCCCAGAUCACAGUUAAAGAUUUCUAUAUGACAGAUCCUAUUAGCAGAGCAUCACAGACAAUGGCUAAAUGUGUGAAAGCUGUUACAGAGGGUGCCAAAGCAAUUGAAGAACCCUCCAUCUGCUAAAAAUGAAAUUCUGCCACCAGAGUGUAUCAGGCACAGUUAUGACUAAUUUUGGGAGAGGAAAAGAAGCAUUUUUAGUUUGUUUAGGUUCUUAUUUUAUGAAUGCAAGUGAGAGUUUAUUUAAGGCCGCCCGUCAAGUGUGCAUUUGGUAAUUAUGUUCGGCACAAUUUAUCUUGUUGAGACAUGUAUACUGAUUAUGGAUAAACAUGAUGUAAAAUUAAAACAGUUUUAAUAUGCAAAA